AUGACUGAUGAUGUUGCAUUCAAUGGCAUCUUAACAUCUAAUAUUGCAGAAGACAUCGCAGUAUGUAACGAUGAGUUUAUCGAAGAGGAGCUUGAAGUAAAUCCAGCGGUUCAACAUUCUGAGAACUAUCAUAUUGAUUCUGCGAAAACCGAAGAUCAAAUACUGGGACAACAUGAAGAUGAAAGUGAUAUAGGGAAGCCCAGUCCCUCAGAAAGUGGACUGUCGAAACGACAGAUUAGAAAGCAGAAAAAAUUUGAGAGACUAAAACAGCAGCGCAAAGAAAAAAGAGCUGAAGAAAAGUUAAGACAGAAAGAGAAAAAUAGGAAAUUGGCCAUUGAAACCGGUCAAACUCCACGUAUGAAACGAGAGUUUUUAAAAGGGGCUUUGGAAAGAAGCGUUGAUGUUAACAUUGUGUUUGAUUUGAGUUUUGCUGCUUUGAUGUCUGAAAAAGAUGCUCACAAGGUAGCCAAACAAGUUCAUAGGUGCUAUUCGGUCAACAGGGCGAGCGAGAAACCCCUGAAGAUUCAUCUGACGGGUAUCGAUGAAAGUAUGAAAAAAGUGUUUCAGCAUUGCGCUCCUGGAUACGAGUUUUGGCAAAUGUCUUCGCAGACAGAACAGCCGUACGAGGAAUUUUUCAAAAUGCAAAUUGAAAACAAGAAGCUGCAUUACCUAACAGCAGAAUCUGAUAAUUGCAUGGAUGCCAUAGAACAUGGUAGAUAUUACGUCAUCGGAGGUUUGGUCGACCACAACGCUCACAAAGGUCACUGUCAUGAACUGGCCACUGAGAAGUUAGUGCAAACUAUGCGACUCCCUAUUUCGGAACACAUUGACAUGAAAACAAGACACGUGCUGACUAUUAAUCACGUGUUUGAGAUUCUAUUGGCAAAAGAACUGGGAAAAGAGUGGAAGGAAGCUUUGAGGGAAGCUAUUCCUCAGAGAAAAGGAGUCCAAGAAAAAGAUGAAGAGGAAUUGAAAGCGGGCGAUGCUGCUGAAACCUAACAUAUGAAAGAAACCGAAGAAUAAUCAGAUUAAGAGUACUUUCAAAAGCUAAGCUGAUUGAACACUUGCUGAAUAAAAACCCAAAAGUGAAGAUUUUCCAAGAAUCGUUUCACGUCCUUUUGGUUGGAAUAAAUUUUUGUUCGAUUACUUUUUGCUUGUAAAUGACGGCCGGCCUGUCUUGUUUACUGCAUGUUUGCGCCUGAA